AUGAUGAAAGUUAUAGAAAAAGUUCAGCGAUUCUUUGCAAAUCUACAAAUGAAGAGCAAGAAAAACCUCACGGCCAUGCAUGUGGGUGAAAAGCGCAAACUAUAUGUGAUUCCUAACCAAUACUUGUCUUCUAUAAUGUUUCAAGCAUUACUCUGUCAACUUAAGGAGGAGAAGAUUGAGGUUGGGAACAAAGAGCCAAUCACGUUACCCUACUCUACAUGGUUGUUUGAGUCGAUACUACAACUCGUCAAGGAAGAGAAGGCGGCUAAUGAAGAAGAAGCCAACGAAUGCUCCCCAUUUAGUAGCCAACAUGGGUACUGUGGGACUGGUGAUGACUUUUGUUCACCUUCCAAAAGUUGUCAAAGCAACUGUCAAUCUGGCGGUGGCGGUGGCGUCGGCGGUGGGGGUGAGAGUGCCUCAAAUGAGAGAGCAACGUACCACUUAUACAAUCCAGAGCAGAAUGGGUGGAACUUGAACGCUGUGAGUGCAUAUUGCUCCACAUGGGAUGCCAACAAACCCUUGGCAUGGCGUAGCAAAUAUGGUUGGACUGCCUUUUGCGGACCUGUUGGGCCUCGUGGACAAGCCGCUUGUGGCAAGUGCUUAAGGGUCACAAACACCGGGACAGGAGCUCAAGCAACAGUGAGAAUUAUAGAUCAAUGCAGUAAUGGUGGUCUAGAUUUGGACGUAGGUGUGUUCCGAAAACUAGACACUAACGGAAAAGGCAAUGCUCAAGGCCACCUUAUUGUGAAUUAUCAGUUUGUGAACUGUGGUGAUUGAAGCGCGGUGUUCUAUUUUCAUGAUGCCCAAGUAGC